ACAUAGACGGACCAAACAAAGGUUCCCCACGUGAAAACAAACCGGAAGAUGAAAGUCUGCUGUGAGGUUAAAAAAUGAAGUUUCGGGGAAAAAUCGUCGACAUCGCGUGUUUGAACCACUUCACCCGAGUCAUCACCACCAUCUCUAAGCUGACGAAGAUGUGUGUCCUGCGGCUGACGCCGGACAACCUGUUCUUCGUUCUGUCCGGUAAAGUGGCCAACGGUGGCGUCAGCAUGUGGUGUGAGCUGCCACAGGUCAACUUCUUUGACGAGUACCAGAUGGAGGGCGUGUCCUCCGAGGACAAUGAAAUUUGUCUGGAGGUGACCCCGGAGAACCUGUCCAGAGCCCUGAAGACUGUCCAGAACGCCAAGGUGGUCAAAGUCAAACUGACCAAGAAGCACUGCCCCUGCCUCACCAUCGCCGCCGAGCUGCCCACCCUGAGCAGCGUCAGUCGAGUUGUCACUCACAAUGUUCCUGUGGACGUCAUUCCCCGGAGACUCUGGCACGAGUUCAAAGAGCCGAGCAUGCCGGACUUUGAUGUCAGCAUCUACCUGCCUCCCCUAAAGACCAUGAAGAGCGUCGUGGACAGGAUGAAGAACCUGUCCAACUUCCUGGUAAUCGAGGCCAACCUGAGCGGAGAGAUGAACCUGAAGAUUGAGACGGAUCUGGUUUCAGUGACGACUCACUUCAGGGAGCUGGGGAACCCUCCAUGGGGUGAUGACACCUCCCAGGACGGCGGUCGGUCUCAGAGCAGGGACCCGGAGAGCAUGGUGGAGGCCAGGGUGGACAUCAGGAGGCUGCAGCAGUUCCUCAUGGGACAGCAGGUCAACCCCAGCAAGGCCAUGUGCAAUAUCGUCCAUCAGAGCGUCCUGCACCUGAUUCUGCUGCAUGAAGAUGUGUCUCUGCAGUACUUCAUCCCCGCCGUGGCGUAGACGCUCUGCACGGCGCUCAGAGCGAGUCUGAGGAAAUAAAAAUGGACUCGCUGGUUUCAGCGGUUUCCAUGCGGGCAGCCGACCACGUCUGGUGAUAUGAUGAGGGAUCCAGACCUCAGAUUUCCCCUCUGGCCUUGGCUGCUGUUAAUGAUGCAGGAGGAAGAACAGACUUUAGACGUGGAGUUGUGUAAAAAGUUUUUGUUUGUGAGACAUUUUAAUGGUUUUGGAUUAAAGUGUUUGAAAAUGAAGAAAAAUUAAAAACUAUC